AUGGGUUCCGAUGCUGGCGGCGAUGUUGAAGCAAGACUGCGGUUGUCGCAGUUGGUCGAAUUUGGCCAGAAGAUGGCCGAAAGCCUGCCGGAGCAUAUGAAGGAUGCACUGUGCACCCCCGUUGGCGAGCCGAACGAACCGCUCGUGACGGAUCGCCCGAAUGCCAAGAAGUCUCCCGAAACUUGGUUGUUGGAGAACCGAUGGAUUUUGAAUCGGUUCUUGGAUAUGGAAGAUUGGCAAGUUCGCUCACCUUCUAUAUACGAGGUGCAGGUGGUGCUGGAAACCUUCAAUGCAAAGCUCAAGGAACUCGAUGAUGAGUAUGUCGUCCAGGUCUCCCGCAUCCGGGCUUUGUGGUCGAAGAUGAGAAAGAUGUGGUCGAAUACUCCGGGCAAGUCCCGGCACUACCACAUCCAGGCUCCACCUGAGGGGCGGCCGGUGGCCACUCCGGUCGUUGACUGUAUGAGGGUGAGGAACCGCAGCAGCCCAUCGGGCAAAGAGGUUUCGAAGUCGAGGAGCCGGAGCCCCCGAUCAUUGCUGGAGUCCUCAGAGGACUCGGAUGAGGAGGCAGCUGCGGGUUGUAAUCGGAAGAAGAGCCGAAGCGACCGAGUGCAGCCUCUGGAGGCCUCGGAUGAGGAGGCAGCUAUGGUUUGUAAUCGGAAUCUGAAGCGCCACCCCUCGUCGGAAGAGGAGUCCAGCGACUCCGAAACGAUGGUGUCUGCCGGCAUGCUGAGGAAUUCCAUGAACGGGGAGAGCAUCUUUAAUUUCAUGAGUGGGAGCAAGCCUGUUGCCGAUGGUGAAAAGCCAGCAGCUGCGGAUGAUGAACCCAGUGAUCGGUUUGAGCAGUGGGAUCCGGACGCUGACGAUGCCGAGAAGGAGCACUUCACGGCCGAAAGCUUCGAUUGGGAUGCAAUACUUAAGGAGCACCCGGAGUAUGCGAUCUCCGAGGCUAGAUUUGACGAAGCCGUGAAGAAUAUUUGGGCUGAUCCCCCGAAGCCUGUUCCAGUUGCAGGAGAUGACAAGCCGAAGAAAACAGCAAAGAAGAAGAUUACGAAAAGCCGCAGGCGACAGCUGCUUUUGCAGAACUUGAAGACCAAGGCCGAGCCGGACGAUUCGAAGAAUCCCAAAGCUUCCCCCUCAAAGCCCGACAAGUCCGAUAUCCCCGAGAAGUCCGGUACCUCAGCCAAGAAACCUUCCCCCUCAAAGCCCGGGACAAAGCCAGCAACCGCGGGUGGCUUUUCUGCAUUUUGGUUUAACCACAUGCAAUAUUUGAUGGUAUUGGUUGUGUGGGGUGUAGUCGAACGCAUGAUGGCAAGUCGAGGUGAUGUGGAACCGCUCGGCGAGCUGAUGCAAAGCUUCCUGCCGGAGUACCAUGCCAUGAUUAAGGGGCUGCCUCGAGAGCUUCAGCCGACGAGUGUCGUCCACGGCCAGCACUCGUAUACUGUGUUGCUGGGCGAAAAGUUUGAAAUCCUUACAGUGUGCAAGCUUCAUCGGCUACUGGACAACAAGUACAAGUGCGAGAUCUUGCUUCGGCAGAAAGCAUUGAAGCCCAAGGGAGUGGAUCAAGAACAUGGAAGAUCGAUCUCUUUGCGGAUUGGUGUGAAGGAGGCAUGGGAGCAGCUGAACCAUGCUCUGGGGAGGGUGGUCUCCAAGUGA